AUGGGGAAGCUUCCCAAGUAUGUUGUAGUACUUGCAUUGAUGUGUGUUUUGGUCGUGGGGAUAGCUGAGUCUAGAAAGCUGAGUGAGACCAAUGGGGUUUUUGAGGAAGAUCAUGGGUUAGGAGGUGGUCAUGGCUUUGGUGGUGGAGCAGGUGGAGGAAUAGGAGGAGGUGUAGGCGGUGGAGCUGGAGGAGGAAAAGGUGGAGGAUUUGGUGGUGGUGCUGGUGGAGGAAUAGGAGGUGGAGCAGGUGGAGGAAUAGGAGGAGGUGUAGGCGGUGGAGCUGGAGGAGGAAAAGGUGGAGGAUUUGGUGGUGGUGCUGGUGGAGGAAUAGGAGGUGGAGCUGGAGGUGGCGCUGGAGGAGGAUUUGGUGGUGGAGCUGGUGGUGGAAAAGGUGGAGGCAUUGGCGGUGGAGCAGGUGGAGGAAAAGGUGGGGGAAUAGGCGGGGGAGCUGGUGGAGGAAUAGGAGGUGGCGCUGGAGGAGGAUUUGGUGGUGGAGCUGGUGGUGGCAAAGGUGGAGGCAUUGGCGGUGGAGCUGGUGGAGGAAAAGGUGGGGGAAUAGGCGGGGGAGCUGGUGGAGGCAAGGGUGGAGGAAUAGGUGGUGGUGCCGGAGGAGGUUCUGGGGGAGGCAUUGGAGGUGGAGCUGGUGGAGGUAAAGGUGGAGGAAUAGGCGGUGGAGCUGGAGGUGGUUCAGGUGGAGGCAUUGGAGGUGGAGCUGGUGGAGGUAAAGGUGGAGGAAUAGGCGGUGGAGCUGGAGGUGGUUCAGGUGGAGGCAUUGGAGGUGGAGCUGGUGGAGGUAAAGGUGGAGGAAUAGGCGGUGGAGCUGGAGGUGGUUCAGGUGGAGGCAUAGGUGGUGGAGCUGGUGGUGGCAUUGGCGGUGGAGCUGGUGGAGGCAAGGGUGGGGGAAUAGGUGGUGGUGCUGGAGGAGGUUCUGGUGGAGGCAUUGGAGGUGGAGGUGGAGGUGGAGGUGGAGCUGGUGGAGGAAUAGGCGGCGGAGCUGGAGGUGGUUCAGGUGGAGGCAUAGGUGGUGGAGCUGGAGGUGGUUCUGGUGGAGGAAUAGGUGGUGGGUCUGGAGGAGGCAUUGGCGGUGGAGCUGGAGGUGGUUUUGGUGGAGGAUCAGGAGGUGGCAUUGGCGGAGGAGCUGGUGGAGGCAAGGGUGGAGGAAUAGGUGGUGGUGCUGGAGGAGGUUUUGGUGGAGGCAUUGGCGGUGGAGCUGGUGGAGGCAAAGGAGGAGGAAUAGGUGGUGGUGGGGGAAUAGGUGGUGGUGCAUAG